UACACGAGCAAUAGAAUAAAUGCGUCUUUCAUAUAUUACUUCACCAGUCAGGUGGCCUCAGCAUUUGGAACUGUUUUCCUCUGCUGCCUGCUCACUUCUUGCAUUACUUUCAGAAGUCAAGAAAUGCUUAAAUAAAGAGAAACUUGUUCCGUGACAGAAAAGGUCAUUUCUUCUGGCCAGGCAUUUGGGAAGGAGACAGGAAGCAUAUUAUUUUAAAGGUGGAAGAGCUGUGCUGCCUCCCUCACCAGCUGUCACCUGUCAAGAUGGUGCUAUCGGCCUGCCGGGGGGUGCUGCCCCUGGCUGCCCUAGCACUGCUCCUGCUCGUCUGCUUGGCUCCCGAUGGUUCAAGAGGGAAUAAACUUAAGCUGAUGCUUCAAAAACACAAAGCUCUGGCACCAGCUAAGACAGAGGUGUCAGUAAAAGAAAACACGGCCAAGGAGUUCUUAAGCAGCCUGAAACGCCAGAAGCGCCAACUGUGGGAUAGGACUCAACCCGAUGUGCAGCAGUGGUAUCAGCAAUUCCUCUACUUGGGGUUUGAUGAAGCCAAAUUUGAAGAUGAUGUCUCCUACUGGACAAACCUGCGACGUGGUGGCAAUGAAUAUUAUGGAGGCUACUACCAGGACCAUUUUGAUGAAGAUGCACCUAUUGGGCCCCGAAACCCACACACCUUCAGGCAUGGAGCAAAUGUCAACUAUGAUGAUUAUUAACCUCAUUUAUUCUACUGUAACUAAGAAUUGUAUGUCUGUAUCGGAUUGCGCUAAGCCCUAGCCUCACUAACUCACAUUCUCUCUCUCUUCCUCUACCCUCUUUUUUUAUAGUAGCCAUUUGUUAUAAACAAGAAGAGAGAAACUGUCUAGCACAGAAGCCUAUUUGGAAUGGGCUUCUAUAAUUACUUAAUAGUACACUAUGUAAAAGUGUUAGAAUUAAAGUCUUUUGGUAAAAUAAGCAUUUUUCCAUUUCUUGGGUAGAGUUUGCAAUAGCUGACCAUUUCAAAGCACUGCAUUAUUAGAGAUUACAUUUUCAAGGGAUUUUUACUCAUUCUUAAAAACUGAUUGUCUAAUUCCAUGAUUUCACCCAGUUUUGGUGUAUUUUAUAAAACAAUGUGCUUCAGUGUGCUCAGUUAUUUAGGUCUGUGUCAAUACUGUAAAUAAAUCCCACACUUUUAG